AUGGUUGACAAGUUCAGCACCGCUAUAUGUAAUCUCGGUUUCACUUGCAGCCCUCGUGAGAAUGCUCUCUUUAUUCGUAAAAGUGAACAUGGAGUUGAUCUUCUGCUUUUUUAUUUUCUUGGUUUAGAGGUCUUAUCCAUAGAUGAGGGUAUCUAUCUCUCUCAAGCUAAGUAUGCUUCAGAUCUUGUUGCUCGCGCCGGGAUUAUAGAUAGUCACAUUGAGUCUACUUCCCUUGAGCCUAAUGUUCGAUUUAUCCCUAUAGAUAGCACUGUUUUGGAUAAUCCUACUCUUUAUCGACAGUUAGUUGGAGGUCUUGUCUGCUUGACUGUCACACGACCAGACAUAGCCUAUCCAGUUCAUGUUCUUAUGCAGUUCUUGUCAUCUCCUCGUAGUAUUCACUAUGCGGCCGUUCUUCACAUUAUUCGCUACAUCAAAGGCACUCUGUUUCAUGGACUUCAUUUUUCUGCCCAUUCAUCUUUAUCCCUUCAGGCGUACUCAAAUGUUGAUUGA